GGAAACAAUUCGUUUCUCUCAACGCUUGAAAUGGACUUGGAUUGGAUUCAGUAACUGAAGCUUGAAGCCUUGUUGUUAAGCCUGGGACGAACGGAUGGUAAGAUAUGUACAAUAUAAUGGAGCCCUCAAGAAAAGAGAGGAAUUGGAAAGAGAUGGAGGAGUUGGAAAGCCUGAAGAAAUCCCUGUUUAAGAACGCCAUGAAAGGAAAAUGGAAAGAAGUGGUGGAGAAAUAUGCGAUGGAUAGUCGAGCCCGGGACAUGAAAAUCACAAAGCGUGGAGACACGGUGUUGCAUGUGGCAGUGUGCGAUGGGCAAGUUGGGGUAGUGGAGGAGCUGAUGAGAAUUAUAUCAGGGGAGGAAAAGAAAGGAGGGGAGGAGAAUAAUAGUAAGAGAGUGGUUCGAAUUGCGAACCAUAAGAGUGCCACGGCACUGCACCUAGCGGCGACGCUCGGGAACGUGAAAAUGUGUUAUGAUAUAGCAAGUGUGGACCAUUCUUUGGUGGGGAUUAGGAACAAUGAAGGGGAGACGCCGCUCUUCUUGGCGGCUUUGCAUGGUAACAAAGAUGCUUUUCUUUGCCUUCACUCAUUCUGUGCUCACACAGAGGAUCGUUGUAGAAGAUCUAAAGAUGGUCAAACCAUUCUUCAUUGUGCCAUUAUGGGUGAUUUUUUCGAACUAGCACUUCAUAUCAUAAGACUAUACAAGGAGUUGGUGAACUAUGUGAAUGUGCAAGGUUACACACCUCUCCAUCUUUUAGCCACCAAGCCUUCAGCUUUUAAAAGUGGAACCCACUUAGGAAGAUGGAAGAUGAUUGUUUAUCAUUGUAUAUUUGUGGACGAAGUGAAGAUUGAUCCAAAGUCAUUUCUUCGUGCUUUGCCGACAAAGCCGCUAUCGCUACACCCACGAUCGAACCCAAAUAAUAAUGAGAAAUUUUAUCCACCCAACUACACUACAUGUGCCAACUUCUUCAACUUUUUGUGGAAAGGAAUUCUAAUGGUGUGUUCUGUGGGAAAGACAAAGAAAACCCAAAACAACAAUGAAGCUAAAGAGAGUACAAACGAUGCAGAGAAUCCUCAUCAAAAAGAGGAUGAUUCAACGGUGAAACAUUAUGAGCUUGCAAUUUUCCCAGAAAAUUAUGCAACUUGCUUCAACUUUCUCAAAUUGAUCUCCAAGGCCUUGCUCAUAUUCAUGGGACUAGGAUCUAGAGGACUAAAGAAGAUUGAGGAGAAAAAGAAGAAGCACAUGUGGUCAUUCCAAGUUAUGAACAAACUUCUAGAAUGUGCUUCAAUGUAUGAAUAUGAUGACAAUGGAAGUACACCAAAGGAAACUCCAAAAGGGGAAGAAACACAACCUUAUACCAUUGCUGAUGACAAUGUCACAUUUGAUGAUAGUAACAUCUCCCAACAUGGAGUACACCCUCCACAUCAACAACCACCAAACAUCAUCCCUGGCCUCCACAACAAUAACAUUAUCGACCAGGAUCACGUAGCAGAAAACAAAGAAGAAGCAACGACAACAAUCACUAUAGAAUCGAAGUCCAGCAUUGGUGACAAAAUCCUAAAACAUUUUCCAAUAACCAUUGGAGACAAGAAAGGGAACAAGAAACUGAUUCUCAAAGCAACAACAGCAACAAGAAUAAAUACAUGGGAAAAAACAGAGGGUCGUCAUCAAAAUAGGCAAGAAACACCAGUAUUGAUAGCAGCAAAGAAUGGAGUAGUUGAAAUGGUGGAGAAAAUUUUGCACUUAUUUCCUGUGGCAAUUCAUGAUACUAAUUCAGAGCAAAAGAACAUUGUUCUGUUGGCUGUGGAGAAUAGGCAUCCUCAUAUUUAUGAACUAUUGCUUCGUAGAAAUAUUCUAAGAGAAAGUGCUUUUAGAAUGGUGGAUUCUCAAGGAAAUAGUGCUUUGCAUCUUGCAGCAAAGCUUGGUGAUCAUAAGCCUUGGCUUAUCCCGGGUGCUGCCUUGCAAAUGCAAUGGGAACUUAAAUGGUAUCAGUUUGUGAAGGGAUCCAUGCCAGCAAACUUCUUCCCCACCUACAACAAAGAAGGAAAGACUUCAAAAGUAAUGUUUUGUGAGACACAUUGUGAUCUAGUAAGAAGUGGAGAAGAAUGGCUAACAAACACCGCAGAAUCCUGUUCUUUAGUAGCUGCCCUAAUUGCAACCGUUGCCUUCGCCACCUCCGCCACCGUCCCAGGUGGAAACGAUCAAAACAAAGGCAUACCAUUACUCCAUGGGAGACCAGCCUUCAAUGUUUUUGCCAUAGCAUCACUCAUUGCUCUUUGUUGUUCAGUCACUUCUUUAGUAAUGUUCCUCUCAAUAUUGACCUCAAGAUUUCAAGCAAAGGACUUUGGAGGCAAUCUUCCCACAAAGCUAUUACUGGGAUUGUCAUCUCUUUUUGUGUCAAUUGCAGCAAUGUUGGUUUCAUUUUGUGCGGGACAUUACUUUGUGCUUAGUGAUAAGCUUCAAUAUGCUGCAUUGCCUGUGUAUGCAGUGACAUGCUUGCCAGUGACAUUGUUUGCUAUAGCACAAUUUCCUUUGUAUGUGGAUCUUGUGUGGGCUACUAUCAAGAAAGUCCCAACAAGAAGCUAUUCAGCCAUCUCACCAACAUAGGGCUCUUUUCUCCAAGUCAGGUUGGAUUUUGGAAAGGAAACUACUUAGGUGCAUUAAGAAUCUCACUAACAAUUUUUUUCUUACUUUUUGUUUUGAAAUAUUUUCUUUAGUUUUGUGUGUAUUUGAUGGGUGGCAAGAUGUAUCACAUCACUCAAACUUUUUACGAGCUACCUUCUUCUAUAUAUAUAUAUAUAUAUAUAUAUAUAUAUAUAUAUAUAUAAACAUGUUUUGUAAUUCCUACGAAGUGGGUAUUUUCUGUAUGUUUUUUUCUCUAAUGAAAUGAUUCAAUUCUUAGUUAAAUUAUAAGAUAAUGAACUUAUGCUUCA